GGUGCAAUUAUAAUUUUAUAAAUAGCCAUGCCCACCACCAUUAUUUAUACUUAUACUUAUACCCCUACUCUUCUAUUAAACUCCUCCUUUGUCCCCGCUCCUAUUUCAAGCCUUAAACCACCUGCACAACCACAGCCUCCGCGACGUCGUUUACUUUCUCGAACUCGUUCAGAAAUGGAUGCCACUGGAGGUCAAAGUCUCUACCCGUUGCACCGUUCUAAAACUCUUCACCUGGUAAGGCAUGCCCAGGGGAUUCACAACGUGGAAGGGGAAAAGGACCACAGUGCAUACUUAUCUUAUGAUCUUUUUGAUGCACACCUUACCCCUCUUGGCUGGAAGCAGGUUGAUAAUCUUCGCACGCAUGUUCAAUCAAGUGGACUUUCCAAAAGAAUUGAUUUAGUCGUUGUGUCCCCUUUGUUAAGGACCAUGCAAACAGCAGUUGGAGUCUUUGGUGGUGAAGCAUAUACAGAUGGGGUAAACGUGCCUCCUCUAAUGGUUGCAAAUACGGGGAACAGUGACCAUCCAGCAAUUUCAAGUCUAAAUUGCCCACCAUUUUUAACAGUAGAGCUUUGCCGAGAACAUUUGGGCGUUCAUCCAUGUGAUAAGAGACGGAGCAUUAGGGAAUAUCGCCCUCUUUUUCCUGCAAUUGAUUUUUCACUGAUAGAAAGUGAUGAUGACAUUUUGUGGAAGCCUGACAUUAGAGAGAAGAAUGAAGAAGUUGCUGCCAGGGGAAUGAAGUUUUUGAAUUGGCUGUGGACACGUGAAGAGAAGGAGAUUGCAAUCGUCACCCACAGUGGAUUCUUGUUUCAUACCCUAAGUGCUUUUGGAAAUGAAUGUCAUCCGUCUGUGAAGAGUGAAAUAUGCGCAAAUUUUGCAAAUUGUGAGCUUCGGUCAGUGGUCAUCGUUGAUAGGAGCCUGAAGUCAUCAGCUUCCUCAACAACCAACUAUCCUGGAAAAAUCCCUCAUGGACUCGAUCUUCCCAGUGAUGUAGCAACUGAGAAGCAUCCAGAGAAAGGAGUGCCAAACUAAGUGUAAGCCUAUAACGAAGGUCAAGGUGGAAUAACCUUAAGAUACACAUCAGACGAAUCUUCACAAGCGUUCACUGUGGUAAUUCCCAAGCUAUUAUAUCUUACCAUAGAAAAUAAGGUGUCCAUUUAUGUAAGGUUGGUAGAUCUGUAAGGCAAUUUCAAGAUUCCUUAUUCAUGGAGAGAGUAGGUAGAUCUAAAGCCUAUAACAGAGUUGUAGGUGCCAAUUCUUUUUCAGAUGGAAGUUUUGGACACGUUUGGUUAAUUCAACUAAGUUUGGCUUUCUAUGGUGGCCAUGGAAGAUGUUUUUGUUUUUUGUACGUUUGCUUAAUUCAACAUACAGUAUUAGUAAGGUUUCUGUUUUAAUCACUCA